CGUACCAGAGGUGAUAGUGCUGAUGCGAGUAAGGUUUCCCGUUCUCAUAUGGCGUGUUCCAGGAGUACUAUUCGACCCAUGAGCCUUUCGCUGGUUCCGACAACAUUGCUGUCGUUGGCUCCUGCGCUAUGGUAUGUCAUACGCUAACACAAACCUCAUGAUAUACUGACUCGUAAUAGGGUAUCAUGUACCUCAACCUAAUCGUCAUCUUCUCCAUGCUGAAAGUAUGGCCGCAUCUUCAGCGUUGGGCUACGGCAGGCGGUCUGCUCGUCAUGUGUCUUGCCCUCAGCCUCAGCUCUCUCUGCAACAACACUAUUGAGCUCAUAGUCUCACAAGGAGUCAUAUACGCCCUCGGAGGUAGUUUGACUUACUCGCCUUGUAUCCUGUACAUGGAUGAGUGGUUCGACAAGCGGAAGGGUUUGGCAUACGGAAUCAUGUGGGCGGGCACCGGCCUAGCCGGGGUGAUACUACAAUUACGCGUCAAAAGUUUUGCAACGCUAGCGCCAAAUCUCUCCCCCACCAUCACCACCACCACAACAACAACCCACUAUAACUAUGUCAACACCGCGUGUUUUUGGACGUGAGAUAUCGCAAAAUGUACGGCGUAAGCCAAAUAUGAGUCUUUCCGAGCGCAAUAUAGCCAUCGGGAUGUGGAAAGCUGGCUGUACGAUGGUAGAGGUGGCGGACGCGUGCGGGCGCUCGAAAUCCACCAUAUCGCGCCUUAUCAAGAAGGCCACCACAACGGGCACAACAGAAGA